CCUCCAGCUGCCGGGUCGUCGCGCCGCGGUCGCCGGCUGCUGACGUGGGCCGGCCUGGUGGGGCAAGAGUGGGUGCGGGUCGCCAUGGCGGUGGACAUCACACUGCUGUUCAGGGCCAGCGUCAAGACCGUGAAGACGCGCAACAAAGCACUGGGAGUGGCAGUGGGCGGCGGGGUGGAGGGCAGCCGCGACGAGCUGUUUCGCCGGAGCCCGAGGCCCAAGGGCGACUUCUCCAGCCGAGCGCGCGAAGUGAUUUCGCACAUUGGCAAGCUGAGAGAUUUUCUUCUGGAACACAGAAAAGAUUAUAUUAAUGCUUAUAGUCAUGUCAUGUCUGAAUACGGGAGAAUGACAGACACAGAACGAGACCAGAUAGACCAGGACGCUCAGACCUUCAUGAGGACCUGCUCAGAAGCGAUCCAGCAGCUGAGAACUCAAGCCCACAAGGAGAUAUACUCUCAGCAAGUGAAGGACCACAGGACUGCCGUUUUGGAUUUCGUUGAAGAUUACUUAAAAAGAGUGUGUAAGCUUUACUCAGAACAGAGAGCCGUCCGAGUCAAGCGAGUGGUGGACAAGAAGAGAUUGUCUAAACUGGAACCAGAACCAAACGCAAAGACAAGAGAAUCCAUGUCUUCUGAGAAAGUUUCACAGAGCCCAUCAAAAGACUCUGAAGAAAAACCUGUCCCUGAAGAUUAUACAGAAAAGAUUCCAGUUGAAGCACAACCUGAAUUGGGAAAUUGGGGAGAUGGCAAAGGUGAAGAUGAGUUAUCCCCAGAAGAAAUACAAAUGUUUGAACAAGAAAAUCAGCGCCUGAUUGGUGAAAUGAACAGUCUGUUUGAUGAAGUGAGGCAAAUAGAAGGGAAAGUGGUUGAAAUCUCCAGACUCCAAGAGAUCUUCACAGAGAAGGUUUUACAGCAGGAAGCCGAGAUUGACAGUAUUCACCAGUUAGUAGUUGGAGCAACUGAGAAUAUCAAGGAGGGCAAUGAAGACAUCAGAGAGGCCAUCAAGAACAACGCCGGCUUCCGGGUGUGGGUGCUCUUCUUCCUGGUGAUGUGCUCCUUCUCCCUGCUCUUCCUCGACUGGUACGACAGCUAGGCGGCCCGGCGGACGGCGCCCGGAGCCCCUGACAGGGAGCGGGGCUGAGACCUGUGCUCACAGAAGGGACACCAGACCUGUGGCUUAAGCAUGCAGUAAUGAAAAAGAAAACCACACAACUGAAAACGGUCUGCGUUGCAAUCCUGAGGCCAGAGGGAAGGAGCGGGAGGGUGGUUAUUCCUGCACCUGACGGGGCUGCUGGGGGGUGGGGGCUGCCCCAGGGAGGGGGCCUGGUGGGCUUCCUGCUCCAUGACCGUCUCCGAUUCAGAGUGGGCAGCGGCAUUCCCCACCCCAGCAGGAAGAACGCCGGUCAGUAGCUCCUCAGGGUUCCUGUGCUUCCUGUGGUUUCCUGUGUGCCUGAGCAACUGAUGCAUAGACUCCCGUGCAGAGGAAAAGACAGCUCGUCUUCAGCCUGUGAAUCUAGUAAUAGAACCACAGCCACUUACUGUCUUAUUGGUGGGUCCGAGGUUAGGAAGUCACUGCGGGCCCACCUGCCUCCUGUCGGGGAAGAAAUGUGGGGAGGGGCCUGGCUCCUCCCAGCACUUUCCUGCGGAGGGGAGCCCUGACUUCCUGCCCCUGGAGCUCCCCAGAAGCUUUGUCCAGAGAAGGGCCUGGGCCUCUUCCCAGGAGUCGGGAAUGCCUGCUGGCACAGAUUCGUGAGGCAUCUGCAGCCACAUCUGUGCAGAAAGUCCCCGGCACUCGUGGGCCCCAAGGUAUGGUCAAGGGCUGUGCACAAGACAGUCCGGGGGCGCCAGAGGGAUCCUUGUGUUCUUUAUUUGCACAAAGUGAGAAUGUCGAAAGUUACAUGUGAACGAGUUUACAGUCAAUAAAAUACACGUCUACUAGGAAACACAAACAGGGUCGCCUUGGCGCUGCGUGGACAUGGGCUGGAAUUGGCUGAUGGAUCCUCUCUACACAGGAGGAGUUCUGGGACAGUUAUUGCUCUUUUGCGUCCCCACAGCCUCACAACGUCCACCACUCUAUGUGCCCACCCACUGCUCCAAGGUCAUGGUCAUUGUUUCCAGACACCCUUGAUAAGCAAAUAUACUGUAUGUUUUGGAAGCACAUUUCAGGGAACAGUAAUGGAGAUGGCCAUGACCACCAUGUGUGUUCACAACACAGCUUGCACUAUUUGUCAUUUAUUUUUGAUCUAAAAAAAACAAAAAACAGUGAAACUUCUGACAUGUCCACCAGAAACAACACGUUCAAAUAACAUGGAAGAAAA